AUGGACAACUCUAAUCACGAUUCGGACUCUCACCGAAACAAUUUGGCGCGUCGAUUGGAUUUCUCCGUCUCGCCGCCGGCGGCGGCGGCGGCGGAGAUUGAUUCUUCUCAGGGAAGCGAGAAGACGCAUUCGAAUCCACUUCUCGAUUCGAAUUCGUCUCUAGAGGAUCAGAGAGAAGAAAAAGAAGCAGACUUUCCUCCUCCUCCGCCGCCGCCGCCGUCAGGUUCCGAGGAGCAAACGGUAGAGUCGCUAAAACCGCCGUCAGCGACGGGACCCAGAACGCCGCCGUUUCAUGGGUUUGAUCAGAAGCUCUCGGAGUGUCGAGUGAGCAAGGAAGAGACUUUGACGCCACGUGGCAAGCAGACGGAAGUUGAGUCCAAGGAGGUUACUACUACUCCGAGUAAACAGAAGCAUUGUAACUGUAAAGCUUCGAGAUGCUUGAAGCUGUAUUGUGAAUGUUUUGCUUCGGGGUUGUAUUGUAAUGGUUGUAACUGUUUGCAAUGUCAUAAUAAUUUGGAGAAUGAGAGUGCGAGACAAGAAGCUAUUACUGGGACUUUGGAGCGUAAUCCUAAUGCGUUCAAGCCUAAGAUUGCUGGUAGUCCUCUUGGGACUAAAGAGUUGCAGGAAGAUGUGCGGCAACUCAUGAUUCUGGGAAAGCAUAGCAAAGGAUGCCACUGCAAGAAAUCAGGAUGCCUCAAAAAGUACUGCGAGUGUUACCAGGCGAAUGUCCUGUGUUCAGAGAAUUGUAGAUGCCAAGAUUGCAAGAACUUUGAAGGAAGCGAAGAGAGAAACACUCUUCUUCAUGGACCUCAGGGCUCAGAGACUUACAUACAACAACAGACGACCAACGCAGCUCUCAACAGGGCUGUCGCCACGUCUGGUUAUCUUAACCCUCUUGAAUCAAGAAAGAGAAAGAACAAGGAAGCAGCUAGAGGUUCACCUACGUAUCCACACCUUAUGAGGAAUGGUGACACUUCUCUAUUUUCAGUUCCUAACAACAGAGCGGUAUCAGGACCUACCACAUGUACUUACAGGUCUUCUCUGUCAAAUACUAUCCAGCCGCGUCAUGUCAAAGACCUAUGUGCGCUUUUGGUCUCAAGAUCGGUGGAUGUAGCAAAUAAAAGGAGGACAAAUGAGAAAGACCCUUCACUUGAUUCAGCUCAGAGUGAUGCUAAUGAGACAAAUGACUCUCCAGAUUGUGUCCUUGACUCUACUAGGAUGGAAGAGAAGCCCAUGUCACCAGCAACACGUGCAUUGAUGUGUGAUGAUGAACAUGUGAUCAUAUCAGAGAAAGAGACAUCUGCAGCCAGAGUGAAAGCAAGCCAAGAGAAAGAAGACGCAGACACAAGCUCGGAGACUUACUUAGAGCAAGAAAGAUUGAUCUUGUCGAGCUUCAGGGACUAUCUCAUUCAGUUCUCAAAUCGUGGGAAUAUAAAAGGAAUGAAUAUCGAAACCAAGACAAAUCAAAGUAGAAAAGAACCACCAGAAGAUGAAGAGCAAAGGCAUCAAAACUCAGGUUUAAGGUAAUGCUUAAGGGACUUCUCUGACAAAACUUUAGCAUCUAAACUCUUUUUAACAUAUGAUCAUGUAACAUUGUUUAAAAAAUUUAUAUAGGAAGAUCAGAUUAGAUUAAAUAUAUUUCCUGAUUAAUCAACAAAGCUCUUCUUUUUACUGUUACAUUAGUGCUAACUAACAAGUAAUAGAUUUCAUACAUUGGUGGGGAGAUUUUGAAUUUUUGAGUAAUUAGUGUUUACAUGAAUACAAUUGUUACCUGAUUUAAUAUCUUUCAGUUC